GUAGUGUCAUUCACUGAUCAAACACAGCGCAGAGGUUACGUUUAAACCGGAGGAACUCAGAAAGGACAACGCUCUGAUGCAAGUAUAGAAAGAAACUAAUCAAAAUGAGCCUAAACUACGCUUCAGCGGCGCCCACGCAGAGGUCCACGUCGUUUUUUAUUGAGGACAUUUUAUUGCACAAGCCAAAGCCGCUGCGAGAAGUCAUCCCGUCGCCUUUCUGUAACUCGCUGGCCUCGCGUAUGCCCAUCUUGGAGUAUGGAUACCCGCUUAUGCCAACGCCGAUCCUGGCACCGCACCCGCACCAUCCUCUGCACAAACCGGAGCACCACCAGUACUUCUUCACUUCUGGGAUGCAGAUGCCGGCCCUGUUCCAGCAUCACGCAGAGCUGCCCGGGAAACACUGCAGGCGGAGGAAGGCCCGCACGGUCUUUUCUGACUCUCAGCUGUCCGGGCUGGAGAAGAGGUUCGAGAUUCAGCGGUAUCUGUCCACACCGGAGAGAGUGGAGCUGGCCACGGCGCUCAGCCUCUCCGAGACACAGGUGAAGACGUGGUUCCAGAACCGGCGCAUGAAGCACAAGAAACAGCUGAGAAAGGCCCAGGACGAGCGCAAAGGACCCGGGGACGUGGACAGAUCUGCGGAAAACUCGAGUGAAGGAGAACUGAACGACAAGAGCAGCGAGGAGCUCAAGCACGCGCUCGAGCCGGACUCGUACAUGCUGGACGAGCACGAGGAGGACGACGACGACGUGGACAUUGAGGAUGACAUUUGUUCCCCGGAACAUCUACUAUAG